AGAAACAGGAGAAGGGGGGAUAACAAGUGGAAUUUUGCUCUAAGAGGAUUAUCGCGGUCGUUAGCCAGCAGCCGGUCUUCUCAACGGAUGCCCGGUUAGCCGGUCGGAAAACAGCGCAUCGAGACGCGUGAAAUAACCUACUGCAAACCGGGCGAGGACACGGCUCAUACUGGUGGGAGUCGGAAGCGUUUUGAACCGGUGGUACAUGUAGAUUAACUGUAACACUGCAAGAUGAUAAUUUGUAGUUCUUAUCCGAUGGGAGCGCACCGGUAUCCGUCGCCGGGAUUGCAUCUGCACCGGAGAGCGGUUUCCUGAGUGGGGGGGUUGUUGAAAGCCUGUUUGUGGCAUGAAGACCCGACCUGCAGGGAUCGGCAAUGCUAAUGCCGACUGGAUGGGCUCGCUGCCCCCCAAGCUCAGUGCCAUGCCCCUCAAGCACAUUGCAGUGCCAGGGUCUCAUGAUUCUUUCACCUACUGGGUGGAUGUGCAUGCUCCUGUGGGACCCGACCAGAAGGCAUAUGUGAAAUACCUCGCCACCAUGUUCAGCGUCAUAGCUAAGAAAGUCAUGGUGAAGUGGUCCAUGACCCAGAAUCUGACAUUUAAAGAGCAGCUGGAUGCAGGAAUUCGCUACUUUGAUCUCAGGGUCUCCUCCAAACCGGGCGAGGCUGGGAAUGAGAUCUACUUCAUCCACGGCCUGUUUGGCCACAAGGUGUGCGAUGGCUUGCUAGAAAUUAACUCCUUCUUGAGCAGGCACAGGAAAGAGGUAGUGUUUCUAGACUUUAACCACUACUACGCAAUGGGCCCAGAGCAUCAUGUGUACCUCAUCAACAUGCUCCAGGAAGUGUUUGGCAGCAAGCUGUGUCACAACUGUGCAGUGGAGAGCAUCACUCUGGACUACCUCUGGCAGAAGAAACAUCAGGUGAUUGUGUUCUACCAUCAUCCAUCAGCUCAGGGCAUCCCUGUCAUGUGGCCUGGCAACAAGAUCCCUGCUCCCUGGGCGAACACCACCGAACCCGACAAACUCACACAGUUCCUGGAAACUACGCUGAAAGAAAGGGCCAAGCAGGGCUCCUUCCAUGUGUCUCAGGCCAUCCUCACACCCAGGGUUAACACCGUGGCCAAGGGCCUGGUCUGGGGGCUGCGCAACUACCUGGUGGAGAAAAACCUGCCGACCAUCAUUUCCUGGGUUGAGGCUCAGAGGCCGGGGGUGGACGGGGUAAACAUCAUCACCUCUGACUUUGUGGAGCUCACUGACUUUGCCAACAUAGUCAUCAAGCUCAACAACCUGCUGUUGUCUGAACAGGGCCGCAAACCAAGAUGACAUAUGUUUGCACAACAGGACAAAUGUGCGCUGACCCACAGAGUGGUGGAGGUCGCAGGUCAAAGGUCAGAUUCCUCCACCAUUGUUGGAUAAUACUUACAUAAUGCUAUGAAAUAACUUUAAAUAAUAAUGUAUUAUUUUGCUUGGUGACUUUAAUAAGAAUUUUUUUCAUCAGCUAGAAAAUGGCUCUUUCUUUAGCUGUCUUGCUCAAGGACACACAUAGAUAGAUACUGUGUGAUCCAGGGACCCUUGAAUGGCCCUUGAAUGACAUAAAACCUUUGAACUUUUUGGAAUUUUGAACGUCACUGCUUUGGAUGCAGCCGACUCUCUCAGCCCCCAAUAUCAUGCACACAAAGUCCAAAAGAGGGAAAGAAGCUGGUGCUCAGAUCACAGAGCAUGCCCAGUGGCAUUUUUACCAUCAUCCUGUCAUACCACAGCUCUGGCUUCAUGUCUGGAUUAAUCUUCCUGCGUUUCCUUUUGGGGGAAAUAAUGGAAAUAUACCACACUGGUACUAUCAAAUGGCGGAGCAGCAAGGUCACCAUGACGAAAGAGACUCACAGGAAGCUGUGACCUGGACAAGGAUCAUAUGACUCAGAGAUAUCACUUAUACGGUUCCAAGAUCUUAAACAUUACAAUAGCUGUCAUUCUUUGAAAUGUUCCGACCACAUCACAGAUUCGUUUUUGCCAAGGGGGAAGCCCUAAUCCGAUAUUACAUGAUUAUUUUGAUUUUUUUUGUAUGUAUAGAUAUUUAAGUUAUGACUGCAUCAGAACUUCAGGUAUUUUAACCCUUUGAAACCUGAGCAAAUUGGCUUGAUUUCUUUCAAAAAUAUGGGAAGAAGGCAAUGAGCAACGAAAAAAGAAAUGACCCAAAAAAAUUCCCCCGAAAAUUAGUAAAAAGAGAAAAUUUAAAAAAAAGAAAGAAAAUUAGGAAAAAAAAUGUUAAAAACAAACAAACAAGGACAUGACCUUAAAAAUUGCUUAAAUUAUCAUAAUAAUUCUGUACCAUACUUUUAAGUAUGUAAUAAUAAUAAUAAUUCUAAAUAUAAUUUUCCCCCAUUUUUAAAAAAAUAAUUUUCUAAAUCUAUUUUUUUUUUGCAAUUUAUGGGACACUUCUUACUAAGUUGCUUAUUGCCUUUUUCCCCAUGUUUUUGAGAAUAAUUUGCCAAUUAGCACAGGGUUCAAAGGCAUCUGAAAGCAGCACAAGAAAAGUAAUAUUGCUCCAGGUUUCAAAGGGUUUAUAAAAUGCAAUAAGGACAAACAUUUUGUUUACAGGCUACUAAUACAUCCAACAUUAUGUUAAAAAAUUGUGAAAGAAAAUGCCCGACAUCAUGGCAGUGGAAUCUUUUUUACAUAGCAUCAGUAAUUGUAAACACUUGGCCAGAGAGCUGUAGCUGAGUUUUUAACGACGCGCUUGGUGUUUUUCCCAUAAUGAGAAGUACAGGUAGCAUGUUUUGCAUUCUUAGCAGCAUUUUAUGUUUCCAUUUUAAGCAUUGCCAUGUGUUGUGAAACGAUGCCCACUGUGCCAACACUCUCAGUACAUAUUGUUGGGCUGUAAAGUUUAACUAGACAUACAAACGGUGGCACCUUUAGGGGGGAACUGCAGAGGGAAAGCCAAAUAUAUGUAGAACUUGUGCCACUAUGCUCAUAAAACAUGUAAACCCAUAUAUAUGCACAGCUAUAAAUGUUUGUUUGUCAGUAUGUUUUUUUCCAUGUCAUUGUUUUACUAGACAUGCAGAAAUAGAAACAAUUUCCUGGCUGGGACUGUAAAAGUAUGUAGGGGAAAUGCAUAGACAGGCAUUUACAGUAUAUCAUGUCCAGCAUGUGUCAAGUCUGUGUUGGGCUCCAUAAAACAAGGCUUAUAUACAUGUAGAAAUAGCAAGGAAAGAAAAACGCCAACAUACUGUAGUCUGAAAUGUUUUGUGUUUGUUGCUGUGUUUGUGUGUGUGCCUUGUGGGCCCAGUGAUUACUAUGCAUGACAUGGACAGUACUGCAGUGACAGUCACCCAGCAUUCCUGUGGUCAGAGUAGGGAAUGAGAGGAGGAGAAGAAGGAUUUCAGAAGAAGACGCAAGUGAUUUAUAAAGCAGAGGCAGUUAGAAAGAAAGUAGAAGGAGAAGAAAGUAAGAGGAGGUUCAGCUGGGAUCAUAAAAAAAUGGAGGAUGCAGAAAGAGAAAUCUGAACAGCUGUGUGUCUCUCUUCAGCAGCAGCAGCAUCGUCUAACAGGAAAGUAAAAUGUUUUCUUUUCGUAUCAACUCUGCCCGUCUUUUUUCACUCCCUGACUCACUUGUGUGAAAUUGGCUCUUCUGUCCAGGCCACAUUGUUGACAUGGCUGAGCGUGGUCACCAAGUGCUGCGAGGCUCACGCACACACAAACACACACAGUCACAAGCACAGGCACUUUAAUUGUGGAGUAAUUACACAUACCACGGCAGGCAAGUGGGAGAGCGGAGCGCAGCAGCUCCGGCUGAUGGAGAGCAUUCCUUUGUUGUUUGGAUUGGUCCUCUCUCUCUCUCUCUCUCUCUCUCGCUCAGUCCUCUGUAUCCCUGCUGGCUUCCUAGGUUUCAAAGGAGAAGACAGCAACUCAAGCAUUUACUUCCAGGUGUUAAUAAAGUCCUAAAGUCAUAACACUGCAUUUGUGCCUGUGUGCAUGUGUUUGCAGACCAAGAUUCUGUUCCUCUACAAACAGUCUGUACCCAAAGUGGAGCAAACAUUGGCACACAGCUCCCUAAAACUAUUUUGGGCACCGCAGUCUAAGUAGAUCUGCAACAACACUUGGCUUUUAUGACCCUUGUGCCCUAUCGCCUCAUUUCUGUCUCGCUAAAUUCAACACUUCAGCCCCCUCCCUGAUCCGCACCACACUUGACUUCAUCACAGUCAAAAACACGGUCAGUUUCCAGUAUUUAAUGAGAUGGUUUUUGGCAUUUCAGUGGCAGUUGGUUGCUUUGGUUACAUGGUGUGUUUGUGUUAAAUAAAGAUGUCUAACUAUUCUUGGAAAGCCAUUUGCGUUGGCUUAAAAAAAGUGAUUAACCCUGCGUAUACACUGUGAGUAAACAGAGUUUAAGGCAUUUAACCACUGCUAUAUGUGAAGUGAUGUCAGUGACCCGAAUGGACCAGGUCAGUAACAUCCAUUACACACAGAUUUGUUAGUGCUCUCUUUUAGACCAUGAUGACUAUUGAAACAGCUGUAAAAACACAUGACACUGUAUCUUAUGACUGUCCUACCUCUGACAAAGUGUAGGAUGAGUAACGAGAGAGAAAGACUUGACAAAACGUGUAGAGGCACAGCACCAGACCACUGCAAACAGAUGAAAAUGCACCUGGCUCACCCUUUGCCACAAACAGUGUUGAUGUCAUCCAUUUAUCUGUCAUUAAGAUGUUAUUAAAAGCAUGUGGUUUGAAUAGUUUUACCCACACAACACCUCAGAGACCUGCAUGGAUGAUCAUCCCUGAGAUAGUCAGAGUACUGGUCGUAAAUAGUUCAGAUACUGUUUCACAGGCUUUUUGUGAGGUAGAUAAAGAUGUGCGAUUUGUCUGAAUGAAGGGGUCUCUCAUGGCAAGGUGUCCUAACACCGGGUGGAAUCCCUCUCCAAACAGCUCCAGAGUUCCUGCUCAGCCUCCUGGGAUCACAUGGGAGUUGUGGAAUUCACUUGGGAAUGCUAUCAAACGUUCAAACCCUCUCGAACCCACGGGCUCCGGGAUGAUGUCAUUGGGAAUGCUGAGCAGCUCUCAUGCUAGCAAGCGACCAUGGAAAGCAUAAUAGCUUUAAAGCUUCUGGAAACACUUGACAGGGAAAGUUAAAAGGAAGUGUAAGGCCAUUUUCAGGGAGAAUUAUCCUGAUAACAUUUAGCUGUUGCCUUUUUAAGGCCGUUGGCUCAAACGAUGCAUCUGUUAAUGUUGAGUCAAGGCCUAAAGUGACCACAAAAGCCCACAUGACAUGGUGCCACAUGGAGGCACAUUUCUG